AUGAAAUUUUCUAUCGUAUUUCCAGUUGCUACUUUAGCAACGAUGGCUUCAGCAAUGCAGCACCAAAGGCCGCAAGGGAAACAACCCAAUGCAACAACUGAAACUCUUUCACGUUUAACAACAACUAUGGUUACCAUUACUGAUUGUGAAAACAGCAUUUGUUCUGAAAAAACAUCUCCAGCUUUGGUGUCUACUGCUACUGUUACUAGGGAAAAUACAGUUACCGAAAUCACAACUUGGUGCCCAAUUUCCUCAAGUUCUGAACAUAUGCCUUCACCAUCAACAACAACUCAAGCUAAUAUUACAACUAUCCCACCUGCCACUGUUUCUUCGGAACACGUCACAACUCCAGGAACUAGAUUUCCCUCUUCUACCCAUUCCGUUUCUACAUUUACAGGUGGUGCAAUAACUAAUGCUUUACCUUUUGCUGGUGCAGUUAUGGCUGGUGCAGCUGCUCUAUUAUUAUAA